CAAAUCGCAAAAGAGUGAAAACAUCUAAAUAUGAAAUCAUCCGUGAAGUGGAAUACCGAUACGGCGCACGUUUUAACGCUUUACAAGUAUGUUCUUGGCAUACUUGGACUCUGGGUACUCGCCGAGAAAACUAUAUUUUCGAGAAUUCGAUGGUUCAUAUCGACAAUACUGGAAAUGAGUACGACAGUUACGUUGUCGUUGGAAGUAAUUCGGCACUGUCACGAUCACGAGGACACACUCGAUGCUUUUUUAUUCGCGUCUUCGUCCGUGAUCAGCAUGUCCAAGCUGCUUCUGCAUCGCAUUAAUUGGAGACACAAGUUAAUUCUAGUGGAGGCCAUUAUUCACGAUUGGACUUUCGCGGAGAGUCGGCGGUCGCGCGACAUCAUGCUGGAAUACGCGCGUCGAGGCAGACGCAUAUCUCUCGUGUUGCUCUAUCUCGGCUGCACCUCCGUCGUGUUUCUCUUCGCACCUUUCGCAUUCGCCAACGUCGAUUUGCCAUGGAUUAUCGAGAAGCAAGUUUACAACAAAUCCGAAAUGAAAUUACUGCUAGCGGCUUACUGCGUUUUUGGAAAUUACACACCCUUCACUUACGCGUUCGUUGUGAUCUUGCAAGCGUUGCAGAUUCUCGUCAACUGCAUCUCCCAGUGCGGAAACGACGGAUUCUUCUUCACUCUUACCAUGCACGUGUGCGGACAGUUCGAGAUUCUUCAAAUGAACUUUGCUGAAAUAAAUAACGACAAAUCUUUUAGCCGAUACAAACUCGGGAUCUUGUUGAAGAAACAUUGUCGUCUCAUCUUUCUGGCGCGUUAUCUGCAAAAAGCUUUCAGUCUGGUUAUUUUGUCGCAACUUUUGAUGAGCGUCAUACUCUUAUGCGUCGAAGGUUUUUUAUUAAUCCUCACUCUUAUGCACGACACGUUUGCCGCCAUGAAACACGUUCUCUUCAUCGUCGUGCUGUUGGUGCAACUUUUCCUCUAUUGUUUAGCCGGACAGACAUUGGAGCUGCAAUCGGAAAGAGUCGCCUACUCCAUUUACGAGUCACCCUGGUACAAUUUUGAUACAAACAUGAUGAAAGAUUUGCCGUUGAUGAUUCUUCGAGCGGCCAUUCCUCACCAAUUAACCGCAGGAAAAUUCGUGGCAAUAAAUUUUAUGAGUUUCAAAGAAAUACUGAAAGCUUCCGCCUCGUACUUAUCCGUGUUGAGAGUGAUGCUAGAAACGUAA